GGAUCACCAGGCUGCAGCUGUGCUGCUGCCCAGCAGCUCCCUGGCACCCAGCUGCUGAGCAUCCUGGCCCAGACGGCACAGGGACAAGGACGGAGCUGCCACUCUCCUCGCCACCCCAGGCCUAUGCCCUGUCCCCGCGCACCAGCUCCUGCUGCCAACGGCAGUGAAGCACAGAGCAGCAGCUGGGCAGGCAGCGGGGCUGUCCGUGCCGGCUCCUGUUACUGCAUAAACACCUGUGGCGGGGAGGGGACCACAGGCAAAGGCAAACAGUUACUGAUUUACUGCCACUCAGUGCCGCAUUGUUGACUGUUGGGGUUAAAUUACCUGGAGACCCACCCCGGCAGAGCGGACACUGGCUCGUGACUUGGGGCAGGGACCAUGUCCCCCACCCCACACACUCCUGGCCCACACAGGGCUGUGAGAUGCUCCAGCCCAGAGCUGGGGCUGCCCCUGGAGCUUCUGCCAGUGACAAGGGCACAUCAUCACCAAAGAUGAGGCAGAUCUCACUCUCCUCCCCACACAGGAGAGACUCAGCCUGCAACUGUGGCCAGGAUGCAGCCCAGGGAGCCAUGAUACUCUGGGAUUGCCUCCCUGCAGAGGGGUCCAACCUGUGCCCCCCAACCAGGCAGCACCGGCACCAUGUACAGGGACCCACGUCACGAUGGUAGCCGAAUGACCCAAUGUGUUGAGCUGAAACUGGGAGCUGUGAGCAAAGGGGAUGGGGUCCUUGGGGCCCCUUGGCACAGUGCUGGGCUGCUCCCCUUCUGUCAGCAGCCCCAGAAUUGCAGCCACUGCCAGCAGCGCCUGCAGAGGAGACAGGAACUGACAGAGCAGCAUUCACCGACGGGAGCACGGCAGCCAAGCCAGGUGAUCUAGGCCACUUGGCUUGCUGGGACUAGCCAAACAAACCCCAGCUCAGUGCUGCCAGGCGCCAUGAAGCAUCCUGUCCCACUGGAGGGAGGUGCCACAGGAGGGGUAUCCCGGGCAGCCACCAGGCCAACGGGUUCUGGGGUCAUACAAUCUCCAGCACCUCCACGUCCCAGAGCACCAGGCGUGCAGUCAGAGCAUGCUGGCGACUUGCUCCCUACCACUCACCCAACCGGCGCUGCCGGCCGGUCCAGGCCACAUCCCCAGAUAUGUUGGAGACUGUGAGGACAGCGGGGGCCAUGGGAGAAGACUGCAGCCACGCAGAAGGAGCUCCUGAGGCUGCAGGGGAGGCGUGGGGAAACCUCAGGGCGGGUGCCUGCCUGGAAGCACAGGCAGCCUGAAGGGCCCUUCAGUCAAGGAGAGAAAGCUGGAGGAGAACAAGUGGCUGGAGCAGGAGCCGGGAGAGCAAUAAGCACAGCUAAGCUGCAGCCCCCAGGCGCACUGUCCUGGCCUCUGGGCAUCAGUGGACCAGGCUGGGGGCUCCACUCGAGCUCGCGGCCAUGGCCAGGGCAGUGGUAGGGAUGGAUCGUGCCCUGUCCCUGGCAUACCCCUGCUUGCCACUCUCCCCACUAUUGGUACCAGCCGCAUCCCCAUGGCCUCCAGCAGCCGAGCCCUGUGGGGGACCAUGACAGCCGUGCACCCCAACUGCCUCAGGGGCUGGGGGAUGACGUGCAGCACACAGGACACAUGGGGGCCGCGGCCGGCGGCGCUUGGCUGUUGUUCCUGCCAGGCAAGUUUUCAGUGUGGCCGCCCGGUCUCCUCGAGGCUCCCCCUUCCUGGUUGGCAGUCAGCAGCGGCAGAUACCUGAUACUCGGGUUGUGCAAGCGCGAAGGGGGAGCCUGGCCCUGCCCGGCCCUUGGGAGCCACCCGGAAGGCCAAGCCCUCCCGCCCGCCGGCCCCACCUGGAGAGGAGCUUAAAGGCUGGCCGGGCGGCCCCGCAGGCGCAGCACCGGCUCCCGCACCAUGCCCAAGGCCCGCAGCGUGCUCGUCCUGGCGGGGCUCCUGGCUCUCUGGGCAGAGCUGCCUCCAGCAUCCGCCCAGAAUGUCACCACGAAAGCCGGUGUGUGCCCGGACCCGGCGACGGAAGCAGUGAACUGCACAGUGGGGUGCCAGUCCGAUGGCGACUGCGAGAGCACCCUCAAGUGCUGCCCGGCGGCCUGCGGCAAGGCCUGCCAGAAGCCCGACGAGAAGCCCGGCACCUGCCCGCCCGUCAGUCCGGGGAUCCCCAUGCUGGGCAUCUGCGCUAACCAGUGCAAGACGGACUCCAACUGCUCUGGGAGUCAGAAGUGCUGCAGGAAUGGCUGUGGCAAGGUCUCCUGCGUGACACCCCUCCACUGAGGCACAGCCGCCUCCUGCCAGCCCAGCCCAGCCACAGGGAAGCUGCUGCCCGACGUGAGUCCUGCACGCCCAGGCCCCAGCCCUGCACCAUCCCCCCCACCCCCACCGGCCCAGCCGCACUCCCAGCUCGGAGCCUUCAGCCUCAGCUUCCUCUCGGGUUCCCUGCUUGGGGUGCGCUGUAGCCCCCUGCACUUUCACCAAUAAAGCAGUCUCUCCCUGCCA